AUGGCCAGCAACCUGAAUGAAGAACAGCCACCUAUUUCAACUCGAUCCGAAACACUACCUACUGGCCAUGAUAACUCUGAUAGAAAGAGAAAUUGUAAAUCUCCACUUAAAGCUUUGGAACCUGUGCGAUCCGCUUCUCGACGAGUUCGUUCGGCAUUGCCGAACUGUUGUGCACGUUGUAAGAUUCCAUUAUUAAUUGAUGCUAAUGGACGUGAAACAUCGAAUAGAUCUCCUGCUUCGGCUACAUCUCAAUCUGAACGUCUAUGCCAAGAAUGUCGUCAAGAAAGAGCACGUAGCUCAUCAAGCCGUAUAUUUAAAUCCGCUUCUGUUAAUUGGUCACAUAUGGGUGGAAAAAUUGGAACAUGGUUUGAGAAAGCACGAACACCGGAUCAACGGGUUGUCUACAAUUUUUUGGAGCAACUUAACGAUGAAAAAACUAAAAAAGUUGAAAAAUCACCGGAAUUAACACGAGCAGAAAGUCUCAAUGAUGUACUCAAUGGUUUAAAAAAAUAUCAAGCACGUUUUCGUUCGGCUAAUCCUCGAAAUAAAUUCACUCGUGCAUUCGAAUCUUCAAGUUGGCGUGUUUUACGACAUCCAUCAGAAUCCUAUGAAUUCACUCAACCUGAUCCUGUCUAUGGAGAUCAAGCCACACGGGAUAUGUGUAUUGGUUCAGUAUUUGCACCAACAAAUAGACGAAUACGUUCAACGUUUUUAAUUCAUCCCGAUUGGGUUUAA